AUGACGUCAACUGCUGCAGAGGUUACGCAAGUUCAAAGUUUAGCUGCUAUACGUAAUUUUAUACGAGUUGCGGUAUCUUGUGUGACAUACCUUCGAGGUUUGUGUAGUGACGAAUCAUAUCAACCAAGACAAUUUCUUGGACUUCAGUUAAAACAGUUAGUUCGAACUUCACCUGAAGCAGAUGCAAUCUCACAGUGGAUGGAAGAAGGAGCCUUUGAUGCACUUAAUAAAGGAUAUUUAAAAGAAUUGGCUCUCUGUAUUUAUUCGCCUAAUUGUACUGAACUUCUUGAAAGUUAUACUUUCACCUUAUCUUAUUCUCCAGACGGGCAACGUGCUUCUUUGGCAUUUACCAGUGAUUCACAACGAGGUGGAGUGAACCGUCCACCUGUCACAGAUAUUUCAAUGAGUCGAAAUAACAGAAAACGUCGCACUCGACAAGAGGUUCAACAGGCUCUUGCAAGUAUCAUCACAAAGUUAAUGGAAGUAGUAGAAGGUUUACCACCAUUGUUGUGUGAUCGUGUAUUAACGAUGCAACUCACAUAUUAUGAAGAUAUAACUCUAGCAUCAUAUGAACCUCCAUGUUUUGCUCCAGCAAACUCACAUCUUGCAAAUAUACAUGAACAAGAAAAGAAACAAAGUACUAAAAUUGCUUCUCUUGAUACAGGACAUCAUAUGAUGGCAGUUACUAUUAGACAUCGUUUUUUUGAUAGACUUUGGUCACAACGUUCAUCCUUUCUUACCAAUAGUCCCACGACCACAGCUGCUACAUAUGAUACGGCUGCAACAGGGACAGAAGAAGAAGAACAAGAAACAGCAGCAGCAGCAUCAGCAAGAACAACAAGAUUAAGUAAUAAGUGUGAUAUGAAUACUGCAGCAAAUAAACAGAUGUCUACAAUAGAAGAAUUGACACAACAAUUUACCAAUACUCAAACAGAGAAUUAUUUUUUGCGCCCAGAGGACCUUGCUUUCCUUGUUUUCACAAGCUUUGUUUUAACCAAGUCCCCUGCUAUUCAACGUGGACGAAUAUCAUUAAGUGAAAUUGAAGAAUAUCUUCGUAUUUCAUGUCCAUUAGAUAUUUCUCUUAAAAAGGCUCAACAAAUGAUGAAGCAUCUUGAAGCGGAGGCUGUUGUAGUCCCUGGGAUGCGAGAAGAAUGGGUUAUCUCUCCAGUACCGGCUGCAACCCUCGCACGUUCUCUUCUUGCACAAGAGCAGGUGGUGCCUCUCCUCAGUGCACAAAUCCAGCAGGAUUUAAAACGUCUUAUCACAGAUUCCAAGUCUUCACGAGUAAGUGUGGCAGGUAAGCGUAAGCGACUUCGUCAAAAUUCUUCUUGA